CAAUCUCUGGAGGCAGCGAUGCUUGUUACUAUAGCAACAACCUCCUUGCACUUCCGCUGCCUCCUCCAACAUCUCGCGCACGGAUCCGCGCGACCUUCUCUUCCACCUCCCCAUCACCAAGGCGCUCAGAUAUCAACAUCCCUCUGUCACCAGGAUAUUUCCUGAGACGGAAAUACGACGGGGGAAGGAAAAUGGCGCUCAUCCCAUCUCAGAUCCUAAGAGUAGCGAUACUUCUCUCUUAUUUUUCCAUCCUCUGCAAUUACAAAGCCAUAGACAUGCCCGCGCAUCAAACAUACGGCGGUAGCUGGAAGUUUCUAACGUUCAUAGAUUUGGUCAUUCAGGCUGUAUUCUUUGGAGUGUGUGUCCUGACUGACGUGUCCAGCCUUUUGACGAAAGGCAGUGCCAGUAUGGAGCAAGAGAGACAGCUGAGAAAGCUGAUUGGCUUAAGAGACUGGAUGAUGGCUGUCCUGGCCUUUCCUGUUGGUGUGUUUGUGGUGACUAUGUUCUGGAGUCUGUACCUGUAUGACAGAGAUUUGGUUUACCCAAGGCUUCUGGACAACUUUAUUCCUCAGUGGCUAAAUCAUGGCAUGCACACAACAGUUCUUCCUUUCAUCAUAAUUGAGAUGAGAACAACAUACCAUCAAUACCCCAGCAGGUUCAGUGGACUCUUGGCGGUGUGCGUGUUUGCUGUAGGAUAUGUCCUAUGGAUGUGCUGGGUGCACAGUAUUACAGGCGUUUGGGUAUAUCCUUUGCUGGAGCACAUUGGGCCAAUGGCCCGACUUCUCUUCUUCAUCUGCCUCACAAUACUGGUCAAUGUCUACUACAUCUUGGGAGAGAUCCUAAACAACUACAUCUGGGAUUCCUCAAAGAGUACCCUGGAAUCAGACAAGGUUAAAUCUGACUAAAGCCCAUGGCAAAGGCAACCAGAUAUCAUAGCCAGACUUGAAUCCUAAUCAUUUUGAAUCUGGAGUUCGAACCAAUUAAGACUUAACUAUCAAAGAUAUCCUGAUUACAUAUUUACCCAAUCUCUUGGUCUUCUGAGACAUUUAUCCCAUCCUGAUUACUGCCCCUUAAUUAAUUAAAGCACAGACCUCUAUUGGCUUGAACAUUACAUUUAAUAUUUCUUUUAUGUUUGAAUGUUACAGUAUUUCAGAAUACCUCAAGUAUUGUCCGAGCACUGUAUGGUAUUUACUGUACACAUGCUGUAAUCAUGUGUACAAGGCCAGUAUCACAAACCUCAUUACAUAUGUCAUGACAGGUAUUGUGCAUUCACUAAAGAAUGAUUUAUGAGGGAUUCUGUUACUCUUACCUCUGUAAAACAAAUAAGCAACACCUUUUUAUCCACUACAAUAGCAUAUUGCAACUGACAAUGAGCACAAGAUCAUUUGCUUAGAUAAUGCUGUUGGAAACAGGUCAUGUGGUCCUUCUAAAGCCAUUUAACAGUUCCUCAUUUAAGCUGAGCAGAUAUUGCUGCAUGAAAUCCAAGUGCAUUGUCAGAAGAGAAACAGGUAUAUUGGGACGAUUUCCUAAUUCGUGGAGGAUUUUGGUGAAGUUAUCUCAAAGGGAUUUCAUUUUUCAUAUCAUUUGGAAAUGUAGCUAUUUUUGGUUUAAAGGGAUAGUGCACCCGCAAAUGAAAAUUCACAUCAUUUACUCACCCUCAUGCAUCCCAGAUGUGUAAUUUCCUUCUUCUGCAGAACACAAACAUUCUUUCACAUUUUAAAAGUGAAAGUUGACAUUUAUGGUAAAAAAAAUUUACUUCAAUAUUAAACUAUUUCUCACCCACACAUAUCAAAUCACUUUUGAAGAGUCAAAAGUCUUAUGGAUUACUAUUAUGCUGCCUUUAUGUGAUUUUUGGAGCUUCAAAUGUCUGGUCACCAUACACUUGCAUUGUAUGGACCUACAGCUGAAAUAUUCUUCUAAAAAUCUUUGUUUGUGUUCGGCAGAAGAAAGAAAGUCAUACAUCUCUGGGAUGGCAUGAGUGUGAGUAAAUGAUGACAUUUUUGGUUGAACUAUCCCUUUAAGUUAUUUUACAGAUGUUUCUUCUUUUAAUAAUAAAAACGUUUGACAAUAGAAUUUUCUCAGUCUCA